AUGGCGUCCAACGGCACAAAACGGAGAAAGGUUGCUCACAACUCUUCUGAUCACGAGUCUCGAGGUCAAGCCGAGUCAAAGAGCGCCCAGAAAUCUUUCUUCAAGAACGCUUCGAAUUGGGAUCUCGAACAAGACUACGAGUCGCGCCCGCGCAAGGGCAAGAAGCAAAAGGAGAGCAACCGACUACCUAUCAAGACAGCAGAUGGUCGAAUUGAGCAGGCAGAAGGUCAAGAGGAUGAUGAAGCAUCGAUUGAAAGCGACACCGAAUGGCUAGAAGGCCGCGAGGAUGAAGAGGAGGUAGAGUUUGAGGAAGAGGAGGUCGAGGAAGAGCCUGAGAUCCCUGAGCCUCAGCAGAUUCGAGAUGCACAGGAGGAGUUGGCCAAGAUUGGUACGCAAAUGAACGAGAAUCCGGAGGAACACGUCGGCGCAUUCAAGGCACUUGCCAAGAUCGGACAAUCCAGGAUUGUCGCCAUUCAGAUGCUCGCCCUCAUGACACAAAUGACUGUCUACAAGGAUGUCAUCCCUGGCUACCGGAUACGUCCGCAGGAAGAGAACGGCCCAAGAGAGAAGCUUUCCAAGGACGUGCGAACUCUACGGCAGUAUGAACAAGCUCUCGUUUCAGGAUAUCAAAACUACAUCAAAGAACUUGCUCGAUGCUCCAAGCUCGAUAUAAGGGCGUCAAAGGGUGGACCAACUCUUGCCAGCAUCGCUAUCACUUGUACCUGCACUCUCGUUACAUCAGUGUCACACUUCAACUUCCGAACAGAUCUACUCAAAAUUCUUGUCACCAAGCUCAGCCGACGCAAAAUCAACCAGGACGGUGUCAAGUGUCUGGAGGCCCUCCGUGAGCUGUUCAAGGAGGAUGAAGAAGGUCGACCAUCCAAUGAUGCCGUUGGUCUGCUUUCCAAGAUGAUGAAGGCCCGCGAAUACCAGGUUGACGAGAGCGUUGUGAACCUUUUCCUUAGCCUACGCCUCCUGUCCGAAUUUUCAGGCAAAGCGUCUCAAGAUUACGUCGAGAGUACCGAGGGAUCUUUCAAAAAGAAGAAGCGCGAAUUCAGAACCAAGCGUUAUCGCAAGGAGCUCAAGGAGCAAAAUGCGCUCGACAAGGACAUGGCCAACGCAGAUGCAUCUGUCAGCUACGAAGAGCGCGACCGCAUGCAAUCGGAGACUCUGAAGCUCGUCUUUGCUACUUACUUCCGUAUUCUGAAGUUGCGAAUGCCUCAUCUCAUGGGAGCCGUUCUCGAAGGUCUGGCCAAGUACGCCCAUCUUAUCAACCAGGAUUUCUUUGGUGAUCUUCUUGAGGCGCUGAAGGAUCUCAUCCGCCACAGUGAAGAGGAUGCCGAGAAGGGCCCCGAUGAUGAAGAGGAAGAAGUAGAGGAGGAAGAUGAAGAUGAUGUCCCUGUGCGCAACCUGACCCGUGAGGCUCUGCUCUGCACCGUCACAGCCUUCGCUUUGCUUGAAGGUCAAGACGCUCACAACUCACGCAACGAUCUUCACCUCGAUUUAUCGUUCUUCACUACACACCUUUUCAAGACACUCCUCACACUUUCUACAAACCCUGAUGUCGAGUUGACACGUCCCGUCAACUCAACCAGCGCAGCUACUAAGAUCAAUGUACAAACAACAACGGUCCUUCUUCUGCGUUCGUUAACCGGCAUUCUUCUCCCGCCCUGGAACGUAAGGGCGGUGCCGCCUAUGCGUCUAGCUGCGUUCUCCAAACAGCUCAUGACGGCUGCGCUCCAGCUCCCCGAUAAGUCGUGUCAGGCCGUCCUUGUGCUUCUUAGUGAUGUGGCGCAUACCCACGCAAAGAAGGUCCGAAGUCUUUGGGAUACAGAGGAGCGCAAGGGUGAUGGUCGAUAUAACCCCAUCAGUGAUAGUAUUGAGGGUAGCAACCCCUUUGCAGCAACAGUUUGGGAGGGGGAAUUGUUGAGAAAGCACUAUUCGCCUAAGGUGAGAGAGGGCGUGAAGAUACUAGAGAAGGGGAUAUCCGAAUAG